UACAUAUAUAAAACACGUACAUACACAAGCACAAUUACAUAAAAUCAGUCUUGGCCUUUCGUAGCGUAUAUUCGUUUCUUUAUCCGUUAGUAAUCUUGUUAUCGAUCUCACUUUGUCUCUCUAUCCUGUAAACAUACAAACCAUUUAUUUACAUAUAUACAGAAAUAUAUACACAUUACACACACAUGUGCACAAAUGCUACGAAUAUCCUAUCGAAAGAUAUAAAUGUAAAAAAAUAUUGAGUUCGUGGUACUCCAGACCAUCGAGGAAAAAGUGAAACGAUAGGAUUUGAAACAGAAAUGGAAGUCUAAAAUAAUUGUUAUUUAUAAAGUAUAUAUACAUAUAUAAGAAAACACACACAAGAAGGAAAACAUAUGAAAAAUAUUCAUGAUCUGGCAGCGUGGCUAGCCAAGGAGUUACCGAUAUUUUCUGGUGUAUUGGGCACUAGAGUUUUCUUGGAAGUGAAGCCGGCACCGACGUGGAGCGUGGAGCUGCCUGCUAUAUGUGCCGACUGGCGUGCGGAGGGGUGUUCCUACCGCCCGAGGGUUGCUGUGGAAUGAGACCUAUUCAUGUGCGGCGCUGUCCUGUACUUUCCUGUCUUGGACUAUGGAUGUUGGCACUCGGGGCCAUCUCUCGACCACCAUAGUGUUUAUAGCCAACAAUUGUGCAGACCCUGAAUCUUAACGUCGGAGUUUAGGCACUGGUUCCGGCUUGACCAUUGAUUAUUUUUACAUCAACCAGUCACCACAGCUAAACCAAAGGUGGCCUCAACAUUCAAGUGUGCCUCAAAAUCACAUCGGUGUAGCUCGUGCUUCCGGUUUCGUAGGAAAACGUGGGCAUAUGCUUUCCGAUGAUGAAGAUGAAGAUACCGAUAAAUACUUAAAAAAACUUCAUCUCUCCGAACGGAGGUCUACAUGGCAACAUACAAAAACUCGUAAUCCUCUAUCUGUCUCACGUAUUGCGGAGUAUUGCAAUUCUCCCAUGUUACCAUUUGCUGGCUCAGAAGGUGAUGUUCCUCUGAAGUACAACUUGGAACAAGUUUAUGUACUGAUCAGACAUGGUGAUCGUACACCAAUGCAUUCGUUUCGGAACCAUCCUAAUCCAACGUUAGGAUGUCAUAUGGAUCAACAACUUUUUUCAUCUUUCAGCCCAUAUUUAGAAGGAUAUUUGCCAACAAUGAUGGCAUUCCAGGGUAAACAACAUCCUGCCAGUGGAUUUAAGAACUGGGCCCUCCAUCCUAAUCAUCGAAUUUGUGAUGGGUCUCAGUUAACCGGGCUUGGUGUUCUUCAGCAUCUCCAGAUAGGAGAAUUUCUCAAAGAUACAUAUGUACAUCGAUGGAGGUUAUUCGGAAAUACUUUCAAUGCUCGAAAAGUCUAUAUUCGUAGCACCGAAUACUCCAGAACUUACCAAAGUGCCAUAGCUUUCCUCUAUGGAUUUCUACCGCAUUUCAAUCUCACAGAACUUCUCAUUGAACGCUCAUCCAAUCUAUUGAUGUGCUCUCAACGUUAUUUUGGUUCUUCUUGCCACUGUCCAGUAAUCCAUGCUCUAAAACAGUCAACCGAUCGUCUAGCAUCGUUUCUUAUACAAAACAAUUCACAGUAUUACUAUUUGGCACAGAAAAUAGCCGCUGUAUAUAAUUUAAAAGUCCCUCAACUUCCAUGGGCCAGUGCAAUGAUGGACGUUUUUAUGUUUUACGCCUGCCACAAUAUCAGUCUCCCUUGUAAUGGCAAGGGUCAAUGCAUAGAUUGGAUGGUAUUGGACAAUUUAUGGGAACAUCUCGAUCAAAACGGGAAUCGUCAGGUGACUUCGGACAGCACCAAUCUCAAACGACACCGCCUUGCCACAUACCCGUUUCUGUACGAGAUCGUGCAAUCAAUGAAAUCGUACAUGCACGGAAACCCAACGACUAAACUCUUCCUUUACUCGGGUCACGACGUCACAGUAACACCUGUGCUAACUGCACUCGGUGCUCACAGUGGCAAGUGGCCACCUUAUGCUUCCAGAAUAAUAUUCGAGAUGUACAGUUUACGGCGAAACCGACAAAAGAAAUAUUACAUUAGGCUAUUAUACAACGGACGUGAUAUAACAAAUUUGACACCGUUUUGUGGUUCUGCUACAAGCGAAACCUUAUGCUCAUUCGAAAAAUUUUCAAAUUUUGUAAAUAAAGACAGUUUAAGAAGAAUUGGCAUUAGUGACUAUAAAGAUGCUUGUAGUCAAGGACUUCAACCAUCAGAAAAUAAAUAAACUACAUAAAAAUUUGUUUUGCAAAUGGAUGAAAGAGGUAUUUCAUGAAUAAAAAAAAAAAAAAACAGUCAUAUAAAUUUCGAGGGAAAAGAAAACAUAACUGUACAUAAUGUCUGAAUGCAUGUAUGUAUGUUAGUUGCUAAAUGCAUACAUACACACACGUACACACACACAAACAUAUAUAAAUGUAUAUGUAUAUACACAUCUGUAUUCAUACAUAUACGUAUAUAUGACUUUAUAUAUACAUAUAUGUAUAUAUGUACAGAGACACACGUAUAUAUGUAUAUGAACAAUAAGAAUAUAUAUAUGUAGCUGUGUAUGAUAUGCAUUAUAUAUAUAUA